AUGGCAAACAAGCUCUUCCUCGUCUCCGCAACUCUCGCCCUCUUCUUCCUCCUCAGCAAUGCCUCCAUCUACCGCACCAUCGUGGAGUUUGACGACGAUGCCGCCACCAACCCAAUGGGCCCACAAGGCCCAAUCCAGGAAUGCCGGAAGGAGUUCCAACAAGAAAAGCACCUAAUAGCUUGCCAGGCAUGGCUCCGCAAGCAAGCCAUGCAACAAGGUGGUGGUGGUGGCCAACCCCUAGACGGUGACUUCGAUUUUGAAAACCCAAUGGGCCCACAGCAGAGACCUCCCCUACUCCAGCAAUGCUGCAACGAGCUUCACCAAGAAGAGGAGAUUUGCGUGUGCCCAACCUUGAGAAGAGCAGCCCAAGCGGUUAGAUCCAAGGGAAAACUCCAGGCACCGCAACAAGUGAGCAGCGUCUUCCAGACCGCUAAGCACUUGCCUAGAGUUUGCGGCGUCCAGAGAGUUAGCGUUUGCCCAUUCGACCAGGCCCCUCCUCUCUUCCCUCCCUACUACUAG